AUGCCAGGUGCUAGACGCAGUCGCCCAAGCAAUUCGUUCCUCUGCGUUAUUGCAGAUCAAUGCCCAGAUGAUACCGAUUGCAACAAGUCAUUCCCUACCAUCGAAAAGCAUAAUGAACAUCUGAAGCGCUGCCAUUCGUCAGACUUCUGGUGUUUGAAGUGUCUGCACAAGUUCAAUUGCUCCUUACCUGCAGGACCCCUUAGACUCGCCAAGAAGGAGCACGAGAAGACGCAAUGCCCAGGCGUACCUUCACAAGAGAACAAACAGCUCUGGAACAGCGCAUGCAUCAUGACUCCAGAACAGUACGAUCGCUUCAAGGAUCGAGGAUGGAAAAAGACCCAUGUGUCCAAUGAAGUGUUGCUAGGUCGCGAAAAGGAAUCCGUGCCACAGACGAGCUGGAGGAGAAUUCGUGAGACUAUCUUCCCUGGAUCUGAGGCGGCCAGGGAAAACAUCAAGGGCAUGCGAGAUGUCAUGGACAGGGUGAAAAACAGAUCACCACUUAUCAUUCAACCCGGCUUUCAAGCCCCUAGAGCGGAUGCGAUGCAACCAGCAUGGCCAAAUGUCUUUCCUCCGUCUUUGACUACAGACGACUCUCAACUAUCGAUCACUUUCUCUGAAGGGACCGAUUUUGAGACUCGCCCCUCAUCGCGCGUGUGGUCUCACUCUGGAGGCGACGAACAACAUCAGCUCUAUCGUUCUGGGCCUGACAGACCUCCAACCCUUGAUCCCUCUUUCCUCCAAAUACCCGAAGAGCUUGAUGAACGCCAGACCUCAGAGCUUGUGGUGACCGGCGAAUACGUCUUGGAUCCGAUUCCACCAGAGGUCCUCUGGCACUUCAGCCUUUCUCAACAGCAAGAAGGAACGGGCAAAUAG